AUGACAGGUAUCAUUCCUCGUUGUCCCAUCGCUAUCGUUGGCGGUGGUCCCUGCGGACUCAUAUUUGCACGCCUUCUAGAGCAAAAUAACAUCGGCUACGUUGUAUUUGAGCGGGAUGCGAACUCUACACCCAGCCCAAUGUAUCAAGGAGGCACAUUGGAUCUCCAUGCUCCUACAGGCCAGCAAGCCAUCAAAGACGCAGGUUUAUUUGAGGAGUUUAGCAAACUUGCCCGCUGGGAUGCCACUUGCAUGACCAUUCAGAACGCGGCUGGCACCCUCAGAGAAACCUUUGGACAAGAGCGCGACGCACCUGAAAUUGACCGCCUACAGCUACGUCAGCUGCUUCUCGAUUCAAUUCCGUCACACAAGGUAUUCUGGGGGCGUGGCGUGCGAGGGAUUGAGAAGGGCUCAAGCGGCUGGGUGAUCCGCUUUCUCAAUGGUACAUCAGCUUCUGGGUUUCGGCUGAUUAUUGGCGCUGAUGGAGCUUGGAGCAAGGUCCGCCCGUUGCUCACUUCUGCAAAGCCAGUAUACUCUGGAAAGCUAUUCAUUGAGGGCCGCAUAUCCCACGAGAACCCGACUUACGCCGCCGCCCUGGAAGCUGCAGGCCCCGGCAGCAUGAUGGCUAUGGAUCAUGGACGCACGAUAUCUGUGCAUCAAGUAUCCAAUCGUUCUUAUCGUAUUUACAUGGGCAUGCUGGCCCCUGAAGACUUUAUACAAAAAUCCCUCGACAUAAAAGACACGGAGAGUACCCGGCAGAAGUUCGUUACAUCUCCAGAAUAUUACGCCGACUUCGCACCGGAGCUUAGGGCUUUCAUCAUUGAGGCUGAGGGUCCCUUUCGACCAUGGCCUCUCUACCGCAUGCCCGUCUCCUCCAUGAACUGGGCUCGCGUCCCUGGUGUCACGCUGCUCGGCGACGCUGCGCACGUGUCUACGCCAUUUGUCGGCGAGGGCGUCAAUAUGGCCAUGUACGAUGCCCUCAUGCUUAUCAACAGCAUCAAGAAGCAUUGCGGUGGAGGCGUUGACGGGGAUCUUGUGGAUGUCACCGGGCUUGAAAAGGCACUAGCUGAUUAUGAAGAGGAUAUGUUUAAGCGUGCGCAGAGUUUCAUUUCACGAUGCAUAAUUAGUGAGGGGAUAUUCUUUGCCGAGGAUUCGGCAAAGCAGUUCAUCGACUUGAUCAGGAACGCCGAGGACGACGAGCAGCUCCUUCAAGACAGGAUCUGA